AUGCCAAUCGUAGACAUCCACACACACAUCUACCCUCCAAAAUACGUAUCCCUCCUCCAAUCCCGCACAACAGUCCCCUACAUCCGCACCUUCCCCGAAGCCCCCAACUCCCCACGCCUCAUCAUCCUCCCGGGCGAAGACGAUGCCUCCAUGCCCUCAACCUCGCGCGGCCGCCCCAUCGGCCCCGAGUACCACGACAUCACACAAAAAAUCGCCUUCAUGGACCUCCACAAAAUCGACAAAUCAGUAAUCUCCCUCGCAAACCCGUGGCUGGAUUUCCUGCCUGCGGAAGAGGCGGCGGCUGCGGCGAGGGAGAUCAAUGAUGAUGUGGAUGGACAGUGUGCGAGAUAUCCGGGGAGAUUGUACUUUUUCGGUACAUUGCCGUUGUCGGGGACAACGGAGAAGAUUGUCGCGGAGAUUGAGAGGCUGGGUACGUUGAAGUACGCAAGAGGUGUUAUCAUGGGUACGUCGGGUUUAGGACAGGGGCUAGAUGAUGAGAAACUCGAUGCGGUAUAUGCGGCGCUCGAGAAGAACAAACAGCUCAUUUUCUUGCAUCCGCAUUACGGGCUGCCGGCGGAAGUUUACGGUCCCCGCGCCAGCGAGUACGGACACGUGCUACCGCUUGCAUUGGGUUUCCCGCUCGAGACGACCAUUGCGGUGACACGCAUGCUGUUGAGUGGGGUAUGGGAUCGGUUCCGCGGGCUGGAUGUUUUGCUUGCGCAUUCCGGGGGUACGCUGCCGUUCUUGGCGGGUAGGAUCGAGAGUUGUGUGCUGCAUGAUGGACAUCUCAAGAAAGCGGGUAAGACUCAGAACAGGAGGGAUGUAUGGGAUGUGCUCAAGACGAAUAUUUUCCUGGAUGCGGUUAUCUAUAGUGAGGUGGGGUUGAAGGCGGCAUUGGAGGCGUCUGGGUCGGAUAGGUUGUUGUUUGGGACUGAUCAUCCGUUCUUCCCGCCGUUGGAGGAGGGAGUCGAGGAGUGGCAUAGUGUUAAUGCUAAUUACAAGGCGAUUUCUAAGACGUUUGGCACAGAGGAUGGGAAAGCGAAGGAGGUUUUGGGAGGGAAUGCGGUGAGAAUAUUGAGGUUGGAGUAG